UGUACCUUGCCAUUGGGCAAACCACCUUUUGAGAUGUCUUGCCUCAAAGACACCGAUGAAGAAUGAAUACAGUAUUCCAAGCACAUCAACCCCAUGGCCACCUCCCGAGUUUACGAGAUGCUUUGGACAGUUUCAACUGCCUGUCAGACCACUCACGAGCUGCUCAACAACAAGUUCUUUACUUCUGGCCGCAUUCUUGCUCUUGUGGGCCUGCCCCUGCCUCACCAUUCCUCCGAGGUUUUCACUCGUUCCCGGCAGCCUGGACCCCAGCACCAGAAGCUUCCCAUAAUCCUCAGUAAAGGCAACAAGAACCCCCAGCCCCAGCCCCGUGGGAAAGAGGAAUCAGCGGUCCGGGAGACCAGUGAGGUGAUAGACUCCCCCUAGGGGAC